AUGGAACAAGAAAAUGACACCCAAUUUUCAGACUUUAUUCUCCUUGGACUGUCAGAAGAGGCAGAAAUGCAGCCUCUCCUCUUUUGGCUUUUCCUCUCCAUGUACCUGAUCACUUUGGCGGGAAACCUUCUCAUCAUUCUGACCACCAUCGCUGCCUCCCACCUCCACACACCCAUGUACUUCUUCCUGUCCAGCCUGUCUUUCUCAGACAUCUGUUUCAUCUCCACCACCGUCCCAAAGAUGCUGCUGAACCUCCACAUCCAGGACAAAAGCAUCACCUACGAAGGCUGCCUCAGCCAGAUGUAUUUUUUCAUCCUCUUUGCGGAACUGGACAUUUUCCUCCUCUCUCUGAUGGCCUAUGACCGGUUUGUAGCCAUCUGCCACCCCCUGCGCUAUGCAACCAUCAUGAAGCCCCAGCUCUGUGGCUUGCUGCUGCUGGCAUCUUGGAUAAUGAGUCUCCUGGCCUCCUUGCCCCGUGGGUUACUGGUGUUGCGGCUGUCCUUUUGUACUGACUUGGAGAUUCCGCAUUACUUCUGUGAAAUCAAUCAGGUGAUCCAACUGGCCUGUUCUGACGCGCUCCUCAACGUCAUAGAGAUGUACGUUGCCACUGUGCUGAUGGGCGUUAUCCCACUUUCAGGCAUUGCUGUUUCCUAUUCUCGGAUUGUCUCCUCCGUACUGAGAAUUACAUCAGCCAGGGGGAGGUAUAAGGCAUUUUCCACCUGCGGGUCUCAUCUUUCAGUGGUUUGCAUGUUCUAUGGCACGGGUCUUGGGGUCUACCUCAGUUCUGCCACGACCCCCAAUUCCAGAGCCAGGGCGUUCGCCUCUGUCAUGUACACUGUGGUCACUCCAAUGCUGAAUCCGUUUAUUUACUCUCUGAGGAACAAGGACAUGAAGGGCGCUCUUACAAGUCUUGUCAGCGCUGUCACUUUCAGUGAGCGAAGUGAAUGUUUCUCUUGGGGCCGGAGAAGUUCUCAUGGGUAG